AUGCAGGAGGGCAAGACGGAAGAUGCCCAGGGUAUUCUACGACUUAAUGUGCGAGGAUAUUUAUACACAGCCAGGCGCGAGUCUUUCUGCCACUUUAAGAAUUCAGUGCUGGCUUCUAUCUUUAGUGGACGCUUCCCUCUAAAAAUGGAUGAAUCAGGAGGGUGCCUCAUUGAUCGAGAUGGAAGCCUCUUCAGAUAUAUUUUGGAUUAUCUUCAUGGCGAAGUUUGGAUUCCUGAAGGUGAACAAAUCCGAGCUGCCCUGCAGGAAGAAGCAGAUCAUUUUGGCAUCCCUUACCCAUACAGCCUGCCUGACCCUUUGGCUAAUGAAACGGAGACAAACUCUCUAAGGGCAGAUACAGAACUUAAAAAGGCUUUGUUAGAUUUCUGCAAUUCUUAUGAUUUUGUUAUUACCAAGCCUAUGGUUUGGGUCCUGCACUAUCUCGGCACUUCUGGAGCAAGCUGUGAAAGUAAAAUUAUUGGUGUGUAGGCCACCAGAGCUGAUGGGACCGAUGCAAUUAAUCAGGAGCUCGGAACGGAAAUUCAUAGAAAAAGUGUUUACAAAAGAGAAGCUGGAAAUAACGUCCAAUACAUCUGGAGCUAUUACUCAGCAGCUGAGCUGAAAAAUAUGAUGGACGUUUUCGAUGCCUGGGAGGGGAGAGGUGUCAGCUGCUGGAGAGUGCCUCAGGAGCUCACUGAAUGUUGGCCUCUGGAAGAACGUCCUUUGAAAGGCAGUUUGCAUCAUGCUCCUCCAGUUCAUAAGAGGUGGGUAACUGGCAGUGCCACAGGAACUUGGACCCCUGCAUCUUGUGGUGGCCACAACUACAUGAACAGGGAAGAUGUAGCUGCUUUGUAA